AUGGGGAAGAAGUCCAAGACAUUCACAGGAUGCUGGACAUGUCGCGCCCGCAGAGUCAAGUGCGACGAGGCCCAGCCAAUCUGCAACCGCUGUACUAGAGCAGGUCGAAUCUGCGAGGGCUACGGAGUGCGCCUUACUUGGCAAGGCAACGAAACAGAAACUGCUUUCAGAGUUCUUAUCGAUUUGGAUACGGAGGGCGCAGAAAUAGCGUCAGACGACCUGGAUGAUAUGAUCAACAAAUGCCACCAUACAGAAGCUAGCCAUGAGACACAGGCUUUUGGGCCCUUUUCUGUGUUCCGCAUUGGACAGAAGACUGAGAUGGAGGCCUCAGAAUCACGGCAAUUUGAUAACAAGGAAAGCCAAGAGGAUCAAAAACUUGUGGGAGAAACAGCAACCGAUGACUCAUAUACGCCCUCCUCGAGCGACUGGUUGAUAGGCACAAGCCAGCACUCAUUACCUGAGAUCAGCAAUGACGCAACAUCACAUGUCACCAUAUUCGACAUAUCUGCGCAUCAGACUACCAGUUCGACUGAAGAUUACGUUGAUGAAAAUAAUGAUCUGGUACUGUGUGAGCAUUUCUCAGAAGAAUGGUUUCUCGGCUCAAGCUUUUGUGAUCUCGAUUCAACAUCAUCGUGGGCAGAACUCAGUUUCCUUCCGUUCGACGUGGAAAACGAUGCCACAUUCGAUGUCUCCAUAGCAUUAGAGGGUCAUAUAUCGUCAGAUAACUUCCAACUCAACAACCCUUCGUUCAGCUUCUGGCAUGAACUGCCGCAGCCACAAGCCAGUCUCGACCCCGUCUCCAUGUCGCGACAACAAACCGAGCUGAUCCAUCACUGGCUAGUCCACAUGUGCAGAAACAUGGUCCCAAUCGACACAAUGGACAACCCAUACCGAGUUAUAUAUCUGCGCUUGGCUUCCGAAGGCGUCAGUGGCACAUCCAAGAGUCACAUUGCAGUGCUGCAUGGCGUGUGCGCUGCGGCCGCGCAUAAUCUCAACACGAUACGGCAUGACAAGGCAGAUAGGCAAUCGGCGUGGAACGCACAGGUAGCACUGAAGAAUCUACAAGAGUCCAUUUCACAUCCAAAAGGCAUGGAUUAUACCUCUGUUCUGGCUGCUAUUGCGAUGUGCAUCAUGCAAGACACCAUGACGGGACAUCCUCAGGGUUGGAGAGCCCAUAUACAAGCUGCGUUAAGGAUAAUAGUACAGGGAACACUCUAUCAAGGCCUGGACCCAGGAUCUGACCUCCACGUUGUGGUUCUGCAGUGCCUGUGUCUCGUCGUGCUAGGCAAUGUUGAUACACAGUAUGACCUUGCAGAUAUGGUGUCUCAACUCCCUACUAACGAGGACUAUGUCUCGAAGCAUCACAGUGUAACCAAGGAUCUGGUCGGCAUCAUAUCUCAAAUCAACACGCUCUCAAAACAAGAUAUCAGAGACCUCGCUCUGGUCGACCAGCUAGAGCUUCAGAUCUAUCUCCAAGUUGGACCAACUACGCAUCACAAUCAGUUCCGCAGUGACAAGGUCAACUUUAUCAGUCAACACUAUGCCUCGGUCUGGCACUACGCCACAAUAAUACACUUCCAACGACGGAUCCGCCACAAGCCACCAGAGCAGCUACGAGAUAUUGUAUCAGAAGCCCUGGGUCACCUUGAAGCGGCUGAAGAUGUCACCACUGAUCUGGACGGAUGCAUCGUUCUAUGGCCUUGCAUGGUUAUCGCCACUGAAUGCCAUGACGAGGAGCACAAGAUGCGUGCCUUGAAUUGGUUCAAGAAGAAGGACCGCCAUGGAUUCGCAAAUGUCAGCUUGGCAAGCACAGUUUGUCGCGAAUAUUGGAAUUGGCGUGACAGAAAUCCUACUAGUUCCUUGACUACAUCAUGGCAAGAUUUUGUGGCAAGGACCCAGUAUGAUGUUGUUCCAGUAUGA